AUGGGAGUGCCACGCAAGGAAAAUGCCGAGCUCCGUCCGAUCCGAAUUCAGGAUUGCGACGACCAUCAAGACUACGCUGAGUACGUAUUUUGAGCUGAAAUUGCUGCGUAUUUUGUCUACUAUUGCAGCUAUGAUCUGUCGGAAAGCGGCGACGAGCUCAAUGAGCACUCGCGUCGAAUCUCGGUCGAGCAACUGUGCCCGAUGCGCGCCCGUUCCGGAAAAGGCAAAAAGUCGAUGGCAAAGUGAGUACUGACACAUUUUCCGCGCUCAUUUUCCGAAAGAAACUGUUCAGAAGUCGUCGGUAUUGCGACGAUCUGGACACGGACGGAGUGAGCGUGAAGAGAAAUAUGGGCGCGAGAAAGUGGCGGCGCAUCGAGAACGGUGAGCACUUCUAAACGGGAAGAAAAUUUUUAAUGAUUUUGCAGCUCGAAUCCUAAUGUCCUUCACGGAUCUCGAGGACAUUUGCGAGGACGGCUCCGACAUUUGCUCGCCCGUCACCACCGCUUUCGACAAGCUCUUCUCCGACAAGGAGAGCAUGAAGAUCUGGCAGGAAUUCUGCGCCAAGGACGAGGUUGAGCAGCGGCGGAUUCUGAAUGGAACUUCGACGCUCGAAAAGUCUGACGACGUUCCGACGACUUCCACUGGCGUCGGAGCCGCCUCGCCGCUCAACUGCUCCGGAAAGAGCCCGUCGAAGAAGCCGAUUUCUCCGUACUCGGGAUCCGCUUGCUUCGAUCGCAUCGACUCGAAGAGCCGCAUCGUUCUCUUCGGAAAGAAGGUCAACUGGGUGAGUCGCUUUUCGUGCAAAAGUUGAGCAAAAAGUAACACCUUCAGGCGUUCAUAGAUUUCCUGGAGCGCGAGCUCCGCAACGUCUUCCGCAUCGAUUACCGCAACAAGCAGGACACCGAUGCCAUCUUCAUCGGCCACUAUCCGGCCUCCUCCGAUCGUCUGCUAGCCCACAUUGUGGCUCAGUGGCUCGGAUUGAGCUCACAGAGUCAGUUUUUCACCUGAAUUCGCUGAUUUUCUGUAAUUUAUUCCAGGCAUAACUGAUCCUUGGACGAAAGAGCGCAUCACCGAGAUCCGCAACUGUCGGCCGAUGAUCCCUCCGCAAACGUCGCUGAUAGAUCAUUUGGAGUCGGGCGUGCUCAAAAAGCUCAUCGAAUUCGUGCCGUUCUCGGCGAGAGACGGCAACGAGAAAGAAGUCUUCGAUGCCGACACUUGUAAGCACUUUUUACUAAAAAUUUUGCGCAAAUUGAUCAUUUUCCAGCGUUCGUGCUCGCGGAGGAACUCGAGGAGCUUAACAUCUCGUCGGAGAACCGCUCGGAUUCGGAGGAGUCGUGGGAGAAAGUGCCGUCGCUUGCUCUCUAG